AUGGGACGAGCGGCGCUGAGCCCAGUGGCACACACUCCUCCAGGGUGGGCUGGGAACGGGCGGUGCAGCGCGGUUAAAGCCUUCCGCCAGGAGAACAGAUGUGCUUGGAGGUGCAUCUCGUCCUCGAGAGGAGAAACGUGGCCGGGCUGUGCCGCCGACGCGUUCAGCUCGGUAUCCAACCCAUCCCCAGGGCCUCGUGUGGCUGCCGGAACUCGCAGCACCUGCCCGAGCCGGAGGCGUGGCCCUGGCGCGCGGCACAACGGCCGUUCCCCGGCUCCGCGAGCGCAGCGCGGCCUCCACCGGCGGCGCCCGGCGCAGGGCCCGGCCAUGGAGGAGGAGACGGGAGCCGUGCGACGCGGCUGUCCGGAGCCGCUGGAGUUGGAGCGGAGGAACCUCCUGUCCGUGCGGCGGCGGCGGCUGCGCCGAACCCUGCAGUGCCGCGUCCCGCUGCAGCGGCUGUUGGUCGUGGCCCGACUCCGCGAGGAGGUGACGGAGGAGGAGGUGGCAGGUUAUCACAGAGAAUUGUUUGAAGACGCGUCAGAAUACCACACAAGAGAACGAGUUUCGGGGCUGCUGCUUCUCAGUUCCAGACAUGUUCUUCAUGUAGUGGAAUCUUGCAGUAGCACAAUACAUUUUCUCAUCCGAGCUCUUGCUUCUCUCCAAAAUCAGGGUCCUAGUGCUCUUCUCCAGGAAAUCAAAGCCCUGGUGGUGGCACACAACAUCCCGAGCAGGCUGUUCGCGAGGUGGGAUGUGGCAGUGGUGACGCCUCCUGCGACACAUCCAGAAGACUCAACGCAAUCACAGUCUAUAGAAGAGGUGGUCGCAGAGUGUCUUACGCUCCUGGUCAACGUGGCAGACUAUGUGCUAAAAUCUGCUGAGGGUGACAGCAAGGCCAGCAGUGACAGUCUGCACACUCUCGCCCCUGAGCUGCUCAUCCCAGCAGAGACUAUUGGCUACUUGUGUAAAGCUGAAGAAUGUUCAAGCCCUGUAGAUUUUCUGAGAAUGUAUUUGAGUCCUAUUCAGCCUGCCCUGGAUUCAGAAGCUGUAUGGCCCGUUCCCUUGCACUUAUCUGCCUGAUGCAGUGUGUUCCCAGCGCUUCUUCUUGCACUCUCCUGCUUCACACAAAUUCAAACACCAAGAUGCAUGGUUUCCAUUGCAGUCCAUGAGGCAGGAGGAGCUGAGCAGCAGCAGCCCCACAGCUGCAGAGCCCAGGGAUAACUGCACUGCUGUGGGUGUGCCCAUCUCAUGGGCUGCAGAAGUGGCCGCAUUAGUGAUGCACUUGAAUAAAUAUACCUUAAGUUGACAAAA